AGUCGGCUACCUUUUCCUAUAUAAAUCCCCUCAUUGCUGCUUUUAUUUUCAUCCUUCAUUUCACCAUCUCCAAGUAUUUUCUCCAAAUCUUUCCUUUCAAGAUGCAGAUCUUUGUGAAAACCCUCACCGGCAAGACCAUCACCCUUGAGGUGGAGAGCUCUGACACCAUCGAUAACGUCAAGGCUAAAAUCCAGGACAAGGAAGGGAUUCCCCCAGACCAGCAGAGGCUUAUCUUUGCCGGAAAGCAGCUUGAGGACGGGCGUACCCUCGCCGACUACAACAUCCAGAAGGAGUCCACCCUCCACUUGGUCCUCCGUCUUCGUGGUGGUAUGCAGAUCUUCGUGAAGACCCUCACGGGCAAAACCAUCACCCUUGAGGUUGAGAGCUCUGACACCAUCGACAACGUCAAGGCCAAGAUCCAGGACAAGGAGGGUAUCCCUCCGGACCAGCAAAGGUUGAUCUUUGCCGGAAAGCAGCUCGAGGAUGGGCGUACCCUCGCCGACUACAACAUCCAGAAGGAGUCCACCCUCCAUUUGGUGCUCAGGCUGCGUGGAGGUAUGCAGAUUUUCGUGAAGACCCUAACGGGCAAGACCAUCACCCUGGAAGUUGAGAGCUCAGACACCAUCGACAACGUGAAGGCAAAAAUCCAGGACAAGGAGGGCAUCCCUCCGGACCAGCAGAGGCUCAUCUUUGCAGGCAAGCAGUUGGAGGAUGGACGCACACUUGCGGACUAUAACAUCCAGAAGGAGUCGACCUUGCAUUUGGUGCUCCGGCUGCGUGGUGGUAUGCAGAUCUUCGUGAAGACCCUGACAGGAAAGACCAUCACCUUGGAGGUUGAGAGCUCGGACACCAUUGACAAUGUCAAGGCCAAGAUCCAGGACAAGGAGGGAAUCCCACCAGACCAGCAGAGGCUCAUCUUUGCUGGAAAGCAGUUGGAGGAUGGCCGCACCCUGGCUGAUUAUAACAUCCAGAAGGAGUCCACCCUGCACUUGGUCCUGAGGCUCCGUGGUGGUAUGCAGAUAUUUGUGAAGACUUUGACUGGGAAGACCAUCACCCUGGAGGUGGAGAGCUCUGACACCAUUGACAACGUCAAGGCCAAGAUUCAGGACAAGGAGGGCAUCCCACCAGACCAGCAGAGGUUGAUCUUUGCUGGAAAGCAGUUGGAGGAUGGAAGGACCUUGGCUGAUUAUAACAUCCAGAAGGAGUCCACCCUUCACCUUGUCCUCCGUCUCCGUGGUGGCUACUGAAUGUUGUGAAAGUUGCUUGGUCUAUUUCUGUUGUCCGUGUCUGUUGGGUUGUGGUCAGUUUAUUGGUGUCUGGUUUGCCGUUGUUGAACGGCUAGUGUGAAGAUGAACAUUUAAGUUUCCUGGUCUAUUGAACAGUUAGGCAGGGGGUUUACCCCUGCCACCCUAAAUAAAUUUAUCUUUCUACAA